AGCGAGCGAGCGGAGCACAGCGCUGCGGGCUCACAAAGCGGCCAGACGCGCGGCGGCGGCGGGUGGCAGGAGUGCAGGGGCGCGAGCCGGCGAUCAGCCUUCCCGGCGACCGUGCCGCGGGAGCUCGAGCAACUCGAACGAGGGGACCCGGGCCAGCCCCCAAGAUGCCGGCGAUCGCGGUGCUGGCGGCGGCCGCCGCGGCGUGGUGCUUCCUCCAAGUCGAGAGCCGGCACCUGGACGCGCUCGCCGGAGGCGCGGGCCCCAACCACGGCAAUUUCCUAGACAAUGACCAGUGGCUGAGCACCGUCUCCCAGUACGAUCGGGAUAAGUACUGGAACCGCUUUCGAGACGAAGUUGAGGAUGAUUAUUUCAGAAACUGGAAUCCCAACAAGCCCUUUGACCAAGCCCUGGACCCAUCCAAGGACCCCUGCCUGAAGGUAAAAUGCAGCCCUCACAAAGUGUGUGUGACCCAGGACUACCAGACCGCCCUGUGUGUCAGCCGCAAGCACCUGCUCCCCAGGCAAAAGAAGGGGAAUGUGGCCCACAAACACUGGGUUGGACCUUCGAAUUUGGUCAAGUGCAAGCCCUGUCCCGUGGCACAGUCAGCCAUGGUCUGCGGCUCGGAUGGCCACUCCUACACGUCCAAGUGCAAAUUGGAGUUCCAUGCUUGUUCUACUGGCAAAAGCCUCACCACCCUCUGUGAUGGGCCCUGUCCAUGUCUCCCAGAGCCUGAGCCACCAAAGCACAAGGCAGAAAGGAAUGCCUGCACAGACAAGGAGUUGCGGAACCUCGCCUCCCGGCUGAAGGAUUGGUUUGGAGCUCUCCAUGAGGACGCGAACAGAGUCAUCAAGCCCACCAGCUCCAACACAGCCCAAGGCAGGUUUGACACUAGCAUCCUGCCCAUCUGCAAGGACUCCCUGGGCUGGAUGUUCAACAAGUUGGACAUGAACUAUGACCUCCUGCUUGACCAUUCAGAGAUCAAUGCCAUCUACCUGGAUAAGUAUGAGCCCUGUAUCAAGCCUCUUUUCAACUCUUGUGACUCCUUCAAGGAUGGCAAGCUUUCUAACAAUGAGUGGUGCUACUGCUUCCAGAAGCCUGGAGGUCUCCCUUGCCAGAAUGAAAUGAACAGAAUUCAGAAGCUGAGCAAAGGGAAAAGCCUGUUGGGGGCCUUCAUACCUCGGUGUAAUGAGGAGGGCUAUUACAAAGCCACACAGUGCCAUGGCAGCACGGGGCAGUGCUGGUGUGUGGACAAAUAUGGGAAUGAGUUGGCUGGCUCCAGGAAACAGGGUGCUGUGAGCUGUGAAGAGGAGCAGGAAACCUCAGGGGAUUUUGGCAGUGGUGGCUCCGUGGUCCUGCUGGAUGACCUAGAAGAUGAACGGGAGCUGGGACCAAAGGACAAAGAGGGGAAGCUGAGGGUGCACACCCGAGCCGUGACAGAGGAUGAUGAGGACGAGGACGACGACAAAGAGGAUGAGGUCGGGUACAUAUGGUAGUGCCCACAAGAAAGAGGACACAAGUUUUGCACAAAAUUGCAAGUUACUUCCUAUUCCUGCAUUUGUAUCUAAGACUCCAAGGCACCAAGGUCUCUUCUCCAUUGUUGCUCUCUAUACCCGACCUAAGGUUUGGAAGACAACUGCUUGUUCCCAGAGGAUUCUGAUUUUGCAUAUGUUUGUAUGGGAGAAAGGGUGUUGUGUUUUUUUUUGUUGUUAUUUUUUGGAUAGGGAAGUGGUUGGCUUAAUUAGAGCCUCCUUCCUUUCUGUGAGAUUUUUCCAACAAGCAUGUGAUUUAUGUGGAAUUCUGACAGUGCAGGGAGCCCCCACCCUCUUAAAUGUCAAAGACCCUUUUUGAUUACCCACACUGGUGGUUAUUACAGCAUGGUUCCCAGCCUUACAGUGUCUAAGUGCUUUUCUUGUGUCCUGUAGAUGUCGUGAAAAAGAAAAAAACAAAAAAUACACCACACUGUACCUUUUCCCCCUGCCCCCAUUACUGCCGGUGUUUAUUAUUAAAAAUUAGUUUUUUUCACAUCAUUAUAUCUGGCUUCCUAUAAACAACAGCCUUAAUUCAGUCAAGACUUCCUUUGGGGAAUUCAUUUUAUUAAAAAUUGGUGUCUGGAUACUUCCCUGUACAUGCAUAAAUAUGCAUGCAUGUACAGAAAGACUGUGUGUGUGUGCCUUGCACAUACACCCAUACCUCUCAGAAAAAGUGUUUGGGUAUCUUAAAAACUCACUUGAAAAACAAUGAUAAAUUUAUCAGCUUGUCCAGACCUGGAACAAAAUUUCUGGAAUAAGAAAUUUGUAUUAAAGUCCUUUUUUGCACUAACAGUUGGCUCUUGUAGCCUGCAGUCUGAGGAGGUCUCUUCUCUGUGCAUCAGCAGAGUUACUGAAAGCCUCUGAUUGAGAAAAAAACCUCCGUCUGCCUAAAUCACUUUUCUCUCAGAAGCCAUGCGACUCCCACACGCCACGGGCAGCUUCACAAGCCAUCUCUUUCAUUUCUGCUUGAAGCCCCCUUGGCUGCAGCAAUCCUGUCUGUCUGCCACAGGUUCCUUCCUUCCUUACCUACUCAAGGGCUUUUUCUAAGGCAUGCACACAUAUCUCCUGUUCUCUGAGAAGAGAGUACCAUGGUGUUCCUUAAGAGAAGAAAAUUUCUAAUUCCGAACUCAAUGUUUUGCUUUUACUCCCUUUCUACUGACAAAUCAUGAUAAGGGCACAAAAGCUGUACAGAUGUUUUUUUUUUUAACCACUCAAUCCCAAAUGGAGGCCUACAAAGAACGUCAUAAUAACACAUGGAAGCGAACCCUGAGUUUUUAAGAGCAAAUUUUGUCCCCCUCUCACUCCCCCAAGUGACAAGAUACUAAUGAAGAAAGUUCUUCACCAUAGUGUUUGUUUUAGCUAACUCAUUGGAGUCUAGUUCCAAAUUUGGUAGGGUCAUCAUCUCUACAUUCCUUAGGAUUUCUCUCCCUAUCAAGCUGGCCCAGAUACAAGUACCAAACAGUAAUCUCUGAAGUUCCCCCAUUUCCUUCAGUACCAGUCUAUAAGCUCCUGUCCCUCGCUGGUUUUCAUUUACCAGGUGUCCUAAUCAGAAUCGGCCACCCAAGCAAGCCUCUCUGGCCCACAUAUCUAUCUCUUGCCUUCCCCAUGAACUUCAGCCUGUCCACACAAAAGCCACAUAAACUCAAGCAAGAAAUACGUUCAGCCAAAACAUGAUCAUAGUGGCAGCUGACCAAUCCCCCAUCCCAAAUUGAUCAUUUAGAUGUACCAACUUACCUUAAAUUAGCAUGUUCCAAUCCAAUCAGCACUGGCUGAAUAAAGUGGUAUCAUACCUAUAGUUGGUCUUAGAUAGGAAAUGAACUACUUGAUAUAGCAAAGUCCUUUGGCUUCGUAAAUAACCCUGAGGUUUUGUACUUACUUUCCCCAUAGGAAGACAGACCAUAGGCAAACUCUGUUUUGGGAUCUCAACUCCAUCACCUUUGUUUCAAUAUUUUUUUUCUCUCUUGAACGAAACUGAGAUAAUUUAGAAAACAGGUGCUUAAUUGCAAUAAAAUUACUAUAAAGUAUAUUAAAAAUCACGACAUUGUAAAAUCUCACUUUAGAUCAUCAAAGAAAACCAUUGUUACUAUCUCCUUUGAGCUUAGGAAAAUGUACAAGAGAACAAAUUAAAAUUGAAAAAUUGAUUUCACUUAGAAAAACUUCUAGGAACAGGGUGAACCACUGAUUUUAAUUUGCCUAAUUAUCUUAUGACAAGUAUCAAAUUAAGAUGACACUUAAAGAUCCUUAGCAUUAACUUAAUGAUGGAGAAGAGUGCUCAAUAGACAGUUCCCAGUAAGGUAAUGAGAUGCCAUUUUCAGAGACAUUCUAAGAUAUUUUGAUUCAUUAAAAUAUUAAAUAAAAAGCCCUCCUCAGAUUGGAACCCCCAAAUAGAUGGAGCCACAUUAAUAAUACUUUUCAUGCCUCACUUUGACAUGACAGCAUUCGAUUUUUUAAAGAUCUUUAAUACUUUCCAUGAGUACUGAAGAUUGUAAUGAGUUACCUUAUCCUUAGAAGUAGAAUGUUUGCUUUCUUCUUCUUGGAAAUAGUCCUCCAAAAAGUCCACUUGUACCAGUGACAAGGAGUCACUUGUAUAGUGACCAAGUACACAUAAAAUACUGAUUAUAAAAAUAUUGUGAUACAGUUCCUUGUUUGAUACAGGUAUUAAGCUGAAUCCUCACUAAUUCACUUUUGAAAAGUUCUUAAUGAACAGUUUUAUUCUUAUUCCGUAAACAGCUCUUUUAAUACAAUUUCCUUGGUAUCCAACUUAAAUCCCAGAAUUUUGUUCCACCAUGGUUAGUUGUUUGCCAUAUAAAUGUAUUCUUGUUUCUACCAAUAUUCUAGGCAUGAGAAUACCUUAAUACUGAGUUGGAGGUUUUGUAUCUGUUUCUCCUCCUUUACGCCCAUUUUCUUACCCACAGCAGCAAAUGACAACGUGUCUGUCCAGGUCUGCCCCCUUGCUCAUCCCAGAAUGCCACUCACAUUUUUUUCUUCUUGUUACCUUGACCACGCUGUACAGUAACAUCCAAGAGCCCGUUCUACAGUGGGUGGUUUUGGUCUUUUUAUAAAUUUUUCUCAAGGUCACUGAUGUUUGUUCCUGUUAAAUGUAUAGCAUUGUAAUGAGAGCCCAUCAAAUCCUGAGUGUCAGUUUGUUGUCCCUACUGUAGAUGAAAUAGUGAUGUAGCAAAAACCUAGUAAAUUCUGAAUGCUUUUCCACGUAGACUUAUCUGGAAUGUGAACACAACUCUUUGGUUAAUAGUAAAUGCUUAACUGUAGUCCUGAGUAGGUGCAUUUCUGUCUGUCUCAAUAAAUUUUACUUUGUCUGCAA